AUGGCUCGGCACAUCGAUCGAUUAUUACGCCGGCACAUCGAUCGAUUAUUUUGGACCUAUUCCAUCGAGUGGCAUUUCAACCCACCAGCCGCGAGUCAUGCAGGAGGAGUAUGGGAGCGAAUGAUCCGCUUGAUACGGAAAAUGCUAUGCUCGAUAUUGGGUAAUCAGUUGGUCAAUGAUGAAACCCUUUUAACUGUCAUUACUGAAGUGGAGAAGAUCUUAAACGACAGGCCAUUGACUGGUGUGACAAAUGAUCCCAAUGACCUUGAUCCUCUUACUCCUAGUCAGUUAUUGUUGAAAACGACCUAA